AUCUUGGUCGGAAUUACUUGACUGGGCCAUUGCCUGCUUUUGUAGGAAACUUAUCAUCAUUGCAAUACCUGAAUUUUGGAACUAAUGCAUUGUCUGGACCAAUUCCAAAAGAGCUGGGGAAUCUGAAAAAUCUUAUUUCACUAGGCAUGGGGCCAAACAACUUCAAUGGGGCUAUUCCACCAGAGCUUGGCGGUCUUAGCAGCCUACAACAAUGGUUAUAUUAUCAUAACACUGCAGUACACGGAUAGCUCUGGACUAAGUGGUGAGCUCCCAGCUUCUCUAUCGAAACUUACAACCUUGCAGACACUGUGGAUAUCAGACAAUGAUUUUACGGGUAAAAUACCCGGCUUCAUUGGGACUUGGAAAAAUCUAAACGUUUUGAGGAUGCAAGGGAACUCCUUCAGUGGUCCAAUUCCUUCAAGCUUUUCUGGUCUCACCAACCUUUCUGAUUUACGAAUAGGAGACAUAAUAAAUGGGAGUUCAUCGCUGGGAUUCAUUAGUAAUAUGACAUCUCUAAGCACACUGAUCAUAAGGAACGCCAAGAUUUCUGAUACUAUUCCAUCAAACUUCACAAAAUAUACAAGUUUAAUUAAAUUGGAUUUGAGCUUCAACAAUAUUAUAGGCAAUGUUCCACAGUCUCUUCUCAACUUGAACUCUCUGCAAUUAUUAUUUCUUGGGAACAAUUACUUACUGGGCGACUUACCAAAAACAAAGAGCGCAUCACUCAGUAGCAUAGAUCUAUCAUACAAUCAAUUGACUGGAAGCUUUCCAUCUUGGGUCAAUGAUCCAAACUUAGAGCUGAACUUGGUCGCCAAUAACUUUGUCAUUGACAAUUCUAAUAAAAGUGUCUUGCCUUCAGGAUUGGAGUGUCUUCAGAGAGACAAAUCAUGCUACCGUGGCUCACCAGUUUAUUCUCAAUUCGGAAUAAAGUGUGGUGGAAGUUCAGAUUUGAUGAGUUCUGAUGGAACUAGCUAUGAUAAGGAUAAUGCUACUCUCACUACAGCUUCUUAUUAUGUGACUAAUCCUAUCAAAUGGGCAGUAAGCAACACUGGAAGCUUUGCAGGUGCCUCAAAUCCUAAUACAAAUUAUAUAAUUAGUUCUCAGACCCUAUCAGCGAACACACUGGAUCAAGAACUUUUUCAGACUGCAAGGAUGUCACCUUCUUCAUUAAGAUACUAUGGCUUAGGACUUGAAAAUGGGAACUACACUGUAAAACUACAGUUUUCUGAGAUUGGACUAAUAGAUCCACCCACCUGGAAGAGUUUAGGAAGAAGAGUUUUUGAUAUUUAUUUACAGGAAAAGCUUAUAGAGAAGGAUUUUGAUAUAAGGAAGGAAGCUGGUGGGAAAUCUUUUACAGCAGUCGUGAAGGAGUACCGAACACCUGUAACGAACAACUUCCUAGAAAUACAUUUUUUUUGGGCUGGAAAGGGAACAAGUUUUAUUCCUAGUCAAGGCUACUAUGGUCCAUCCAUUUGUGCAAUCAGCGUAUCUCCUGCUUUCAUCCCAUCUGUCAGUAACAAAGCCCCAAAUUCCUCUUCAUCAAGUAAUAAAACAGGUCUAAUUGUAGGAAUCAUAGCUGGUGUAGUGCUGGGACUUGUCAUUUUUGCAAUAUUAGUGUGGAGACAAAAGAAAAAAAAUGUUAACAAAGAUGAAGAAGAGUUAUUAGGAAUGGCUGUUAGACCAAAUACAUUCAGCUAUUCUGAAUUGAGAGCAGCAACUGAGGAUUUCAACCAGUCUAAUUUGCUUGGAGAGGGAGGAUUUGGGCCUGUAUAUAAGGGUAAAUUAUAUGAUGGAAGAAUGGUGGCAGUAAAGCAACUAUUAGUAGCAUCUCAUCAUGGGAAGAGCCAAUUUAUGGCAGAAAUAGCAAUUAUAUCAGCAGUUCAACAGCGUUAUCUAGUUAAGUUGUAUGGUUGCUGCAUUGAGGGAGACAAGAGACUCUUGGUUUAUGAGUACCUAGAAAAUAAGAGCUUGGACAAAGCUAUUUUUGGGAAAAAUGUUUUGCUUCUUAAUUGGAGAAUGCGCUUUGAGAUUUGUUUAGGCACAGCAAGAGGCUUAGCCUAUCUUCAUGAGGAAUCAAGUGUGAAAAUUGUUCAUAGGGAUGUAAAAUCUAGCAACAUUCUAUUAGAUAGAAAUCUUAACCCAAAGAUAUCAGAUUUUGGUCUGGCAAAACUUUACGAUGACAAAAAGACUCACAUUAGCACAAGAGUUGCAGGCACAAUAGGUUAUCUUGCACCUGAAUAUGCUAUGAGAGGACAUUUAACAGAAAAGGCAGAUGUGUUUGGUUUUGGAGUUGUUGCUCUUGAAGUUCUCAGUGGAAGGCCUAAUUCAGACUCUACUCUUGAGGAAGACAAAGUUUACUUGCUUGACUGGGCUUGGCGUUUAUAUGAACAAAAACAUGAACUGGACUUGGUGGACCCAAUUCUACCAUCAUAUAAUAGAGAUGAAGCGAUUAGAGUAUUUGGCGUUGCUCUUCUAUGCAUCCAAGCAUCGCCGGCAUUACGACCACCGAUGUCAAGAGUGGUGGCCAUGUUGGCCGGCGAUGUCGAGGUUAAUGAGGUCACCUCAAGGCCUAGCUAUUUAACAGAAUGGCAAUUUAAUGACAUAAGCAGCAAUUUUGCUAAUGAUGAUUGUUCAAGAUCAACAAGCUUAAGCACAGCACUAACAAAUAUUCAAACUAGCGAGCCAUCAGAUCCAAGCAGUACUGUAACUUAUAUGGGGAUUGAUCCUUCAGCUGAUGUGCCUUUAAGGCACAACUCUAUUAGGGAAGGAAGGUGAUCCAUCUUCUUCCAAGUCUAAAUCAUUUACAGUGCAAUGCAAUUGAGGCUUUCUUAACAUCAUUUAACAUACAAACUUACAGUUGAUGGUUCUAUUGUUGACCUCUCCUCGAUGCUUUGAUGUAUACUUUUGGCAACCCUAGCUCUGCAACUUCUUUUAGCUUGCUGUGACCUCAGCCCCUCUAGAGAACCUCCUUAUGACCUUAUUAAGUUAGUAGGUGGAUCUUGAUUCUUUA